GUAACAAACAAUGGUCUGCCGUUUGCGCGCUUCCAUUUUAGCAAUCCGCUGAACGGCUCCGGUCAACACGAAGUGACUCGGUUACGAUGUCAAGGAAAGGCGAAGACGGAGGCAAUGCCGACGUCGUGCGAAGAUUUGUGGCGAAUGGGACACACACUCAACGGAAUCUACUCGGUCAGGGGAGCUAAACAAAUGGAAACUGUUUUCUGCCAAUUCGAUAAACGACCUAAUGAACAAGGUUAUCAAACAUUAAUCGGAUACGUCGAUGUCAAAUCUUUGCCGACAUAUUUCAACGUUCAUAGGCUCAACAGUUUCAACUCAACGGGCGUUGCUAUACCAUUUGAAGUGGAAUCGGUUAACGUCGGCAAUGCCAUGAAUUUAACAACGGGAAUAUUCACGGCACCACGUGGUGGCAUUUAUUUCUUCUCCUUUAACGGAUUGGCCUUUAGUGCAGCUACUGAAACAUGGCUUUUCCUCAGAGUAGGCCUUUUUUUGAACGGAAAAAAAAUUAGCGAAACUUGGGAAAGGGAGAGGGACAUCACCGGAGAGCAUUAUAGUCCAGUGACAAUUCAAUCAACGUUGAAAUUGAAAGCCAACGAUCGUAUUUGGUUGCAGAUUGCAGAAAUGCGACCGACGACCACGCUGUAUGAUGAUACAGAUGGAUAUACUCGCUUUACAGGUUUCGUGUUGGACGAGGAAUUUGCAGUGCCUAAUUGAUGAACUUAUUUCGCAUUUGUAUUAGUG